AUGGCUGCCCUCCCCCCGUUUUCCGCUGCGACCACCGCCGAAGAGGCCGCCGACGCGCUCGCGGAGAGCAUCCGCGGGAAGAACGUAAUCGUCACUGGGACGUCGCUCAACGGGAUCGGCUUCGAGACCGCGCGUGUGAUCGCCAAGCAUGCGAGGCUGGUGGUCAUUACGGGGCACAGCGAUGAGCGGCUGAACCUAGCGGCAGAGGGCAUCCGCAAGAGCGUCCCCAGCGCGAACAUCCGCACCCUCAACGUCGACCUUGCGUCUCUCGCCGCUGUUCGCAAAGCCGCCGCAGAAGUGAAUGCAUAUACUGAGCCCAUCCACGUCCUUAUCAACAACGCCGCCAAGCCAUGGUGCGACUUCUCGCUGUCUGCCGACGGAAUCGAGAGCCAGCUCGCGACGGGGCACGUCGGCCCGUUCCUGCUGACCCACCUCCUCGUGCCGAAGCUCCUGGCCUCCGCCUCCGCCGAGCACACGCCACGUGCGAUCUUCGUGUCCAGCAUCGCGCAGGCGCUUGAGGGCGGGAAGGGCGUCGACUUCGACAUGCUGGUGAAGCCUGAUGAAAAGAAAUACGACGCGCCGACGGUGUACCACCAGGUGAAGACCGCGAACGUGCUCACGAGUGUGGAGCUGCUACGCCGCACGGGCGGGCGGGUGAAGACGUAUAGUCUGCAUCCCGGGCUGAUCUACACCAACAUGCUCGUCACGCCCCUCGCCAUCCCGUUCUUCCAGGCCCUCGGCGCGCUCGACAAGGACGCCAAGCCCACCCCCACCGAACAGCUCUCGUGGAAGACAAUCGCGCAGGGCGCCGCCACCACCGUCGUCGCGGCGUUCGACCCGCGGAUCGCCGACCGGCCGGGCGCGUACCUCGACGACUGCGCCAUCUCCGAGAACGGCGCCGCGCCGCACAGCACGGACCCGGAAAUCGCGAGGAGGCUGUGGGAGGCGACGGAGGAGCUUGUGGGGGAGAAGUUUGCAUUUUGA